UUCUGCUUGGUGACAAUUGGCUGAUCCUCACUGAUGUCACACGUCGAUGCACUUUUCUUCACGGUGGCCUUGGUAUCCUGAUCUUUUUGCCACAGCUGCCUGGACGGGAGUGCCGGACGCCUCUGAGGUGCUGUUCAGAUGAAGCGGCGCAUCGCAGUGAUCGGGGCGGGGGCUUCGGGCCUGGCUGCCGUCAAGUGCUGUUUGGAUGAGGGGCUGGAGCCCAUGUGCUUCGAGCAAAGUGAUGGCCUGGGUGGUCUCUGGAGGUUCAAGGAGGACCCCGAGGAUGGGCGGUCCAGCAUCUACCGCUCGGUGAUCAUCAACAGCUCCAAGGAGAUGAUGUGCUUCAGCGACUUCCCCAUUCCUGACGACUUCGCCAACUUCAUGCACAACUCCAAGAUUCUCGAUUAUUUCCACUUGUACGCCCGUCACUUUGAUCUGCUGCGCUACAUUCGCUUCAAGACGACGGUGCGCAGAGUUAAAAUGCGGCCCGACUUUGCCCGCUCUGGCCAGUGGGAGGUGGUGACAGCCACUAGUGGUGGACUGGAGGAAUCUGCCAUUUUUGAUGGGGUGAUGGUUUGUACCGGGCACCACACAUACCCUCACCUGCCACUUCAGGACUUCCCAGGAAUCGAGACAUUUCAGGGGGAGUACUUUCACAGCCGAGAAUACAAGGGUCCCGAGAAGUUCCUGGGCAAGAGGGUCGUCGUCAUUGGCAUAGGGAAUUCGGGAGGGGACCUCGCAGUGGAGCUGAGCCGAAUCGCUGACCAGGUCUUCCUGAGCACACGCAGAGGCUGCUGGGUACUCAACCGCAUCCUGGAUGACGGGCUGCCCUACGACAUGCUGCUCCUCACGCGCUUUGCGAGCCUCUUGAAGAAGAUCCUUCCUCUCACCUUUCUCAACUGGAUGGAGGAGCAGAAGCUGAACAAGCGCUUUGACCACAAAUUGUACGGCCUGCAGGCGAAGCACAGACUCUCCAGCCAGCACCCCACUGUCAAUGACGAGCUGCCAAAUCGCAUCAUCUCUGGGACCGUGGUGGUCAAGCCCAACAUCAAGGAGCUGAGGGGCUCCAGCGUGAUCUUUGAGGACGGGAGUGUGGAGGAAAAAAUCGAUGUGGUCAUCUUCGCCACCGGCUACAACGUGUCCUUCCCCUUCCUCGAUUCUUCUGUCAUCACCGUUCGCCAUAACCAGGUGUCGCUGUACAAGCAUGUCUUCCCUCCGGCCCUGGAGCAGCCCACGCUGGCCUUUGUUGGACUUGUCCAAGCACAUGGCCCUCUGAUGGUGGUCUCGGAGAUGCAAGCCCGCUGGGUCACUCGCGUCUUCGCAGGGUUAGGGAAGCUUCCUAAGACGAAGGCGAUGCUGAAGGACAUCCAGAGGAAGAAGGAUGAACUGGCCAAGCGGUUUCUGCCCUCCCAACGUCACACCUUUGAGGAGGACUUCAUCUAUUACAUGGAUGAGCUGGCCAUGCAGAUUGGCGUGCGACCCAGCAUUCCUUGGCUGUUUCUUCGGGACCCAAGACUGGCACUGACUGUUUUCCUGGGGCCCUGUACACCAUACCAGUAUCGGCUAAUGGGGCCGGGGAAGUGGGCAGGCGCACGAAAUGCCAUCUUUACCCAGUGGGAGCGGGUCAUCAAGCCUCUCCAGACACGCAUGCUUCAGGAGAAGCCCCACCGCUCUGCUGGUGCCCUGCUGUUGAAGGUGACCACAGCGGCAGUGCUCUGUGUGAUGGUCGCCUACUAUGUCCACUGGCAGCGUCCGGCACUGCUGCAGAAGCUGGUGGACAAAGUGGGCAUCCACUGGCAAUGACUGGCAUCGUCUAGAAAGGCGGCCCUCUGGGAGCUGUUGUUGGGUUUGGAGGGCCAUCAUUAAAACACAAGAUGUCCAGAUGUGUCCAGGGCUGACCGCUCUGCUGCCCCACCAGCUGAAGACUCUUGAUUGGCUCAGCAGAUCUAUUGUGGGUGUGGCCUGUCAGAGGUGUCUCACUGGAGGAUUUCUGGUGAUUGACAGCUGUGCCCUCAGGGCAGCUCCCAGAUUCUAUUCGGCCUUCACGAUGCCAGUUGUCAAUAAAUCUGUGUCACAAGCUG